CCGGUCUUCUGCCCUGUCAUUGGUCACGACCAACCCUGGACCAGUUUAAAACCAGACACCGCUUUCUUCACAGUUUUUCCACACAGCUCAUCCCCUGAACACAGGCAGACGAACAGGGAAGGGUCCGAGUCGGUCUGAGGAUGCCUGCGUACGCCACCAACAUGAGGCUGAAGUUCCCCAUCCUGGUCUUGAUCCUGGAGGUUGUCACCAUCAUCUCGUACGCGCUGUUCGCCGUCUACGAUGAUGGGAAAGGUCACCACGACACGCACAGUCAAAAUAAAACUGAAGAGGAGAAGCCUUUGGAGCUGUAUCCCAUGUUUCAGGAUGUCCACGUGAUGAUCUUCAUCGGCUUCGGGUUCCUCAUGACGUUCCUGAAGAAAUACGGGUUUAGCAGCGUCGGCGUCAACCUGCUGCUGGCGGCCUUCGGCCUCCAGUGGGGUCUCCUCAUGCAGGGCCUGUGGCACCUGGAGGGUGGCAAGAUUAAAGUCAGCAUCUUCAAAAUGAUCAACGCAGACUUUAGCACAGCCACGGUCCUGAUUUCCUUCGGUGCAGUUCUGGGUAAAACCAGCCCGGUCCAGCUCCUCAUCAUGACCCUGCUGGAGAUCACCAUCUUCUCCGUCAACGAGCACCUGGUGGCAAAAAUUAUAUGUGCUAAUGAUGUUGGAGCUUCAAUGGUUAUCCAUGCUUUUGGAGCUUACUUCGGCUUGGCUGUGGCUCGGGUUCUUUACCGACCUAAUUUAAGAGACGGACACGAGAACGACGGAUCUGUUUACCACUCUGAUAUGUUUGCCAUGAUUGGGACUGUCUUCCUGUGGAUGUUCUGGCCCAGUUUCAACUCGGCCAUUGCUGGUCCGGGUCUCCCUCAGCUCAUGGCGGUGAUCAACACCUACCUCUCCCUGGCUGCCUGCGUGCUCUCAGCCUACGCCAUCUCCAGCCUGGUGGAGCACAAAGGAAAGCUGGACAUGGUGCACAUUCAGAACGCCACUUUGGCCGGAGGAGUCGCCGUGGGAACUUGCGCUGACAUGAGCAUCGAUCCGUUUGGCGCCAUGCUGAUUGGAUUUGUUGCUGGCAUCAUCUCAACCCUGGGCUUCAAAUAUCUCUCUCCUGUGUUGGCCUCCAAACUGGGUAUCCAGGAUACCUGCGGAGUCCACAACCUGCACGGCAUGCCUGGCGUGCUCGGAGGCCUGGCUGGUAUCAUCGCUGUGGCUUUGGGGAAAGCAAAAGGCUCUGCAGCCAUGCAAGCUGCUGCCUUGGCUUCAUCCAUCGGCUUUGCUUUGAUCGGAGGAUUUGUUACAGGUUUAAUAAUGAAGUUGCCGUUCUGGGGUCAACCUCCGGACCAGAACUGCUUUGAUGACUCGCUUUACUGGGAGGUUCCUGAGCAAGAGGAGGAGAACGAAGGCAGUUUGGCUACUGCAGAACAAUCAAAGAACAAAGCAGAAGUUUAAAAAUCUGCAUUUUUACAAGAGAAGACUCGCCUUAACGUCAACUUUAGAUUUAAGUCACAUCGAUGUGAUUUAAAAUAUAAAACUUACAUCUAGUUAGAAUAUUUUUAGUCAUCCUGCAUAUAAAAAAAUACACAAAGGCAGGGUACAUUUAAAAUCAGCAAGGAAAUAAGUCAAGCAAACACAAAACUAGUUUUUUUUUAUCUUGACAAACGUUUGUUUAUUUUUCGAUUUGUAUAAAAACAACCAUAGCAAAAUUGUAUUUUAAGAUUUAAUUUUACACUCAGUUUUAAUAAAAAAGGGUAUUCACAAACAUGUCACUGCUGAAAAACAGCAUCUUUUAUAAGCUUUUUUAAAAUAAAAUUUUAUAUGUUUUUACAUUUUUUACAUUUACUAUCGUGUGUAUUUUUCCAGACUUUUCCCCACGUUUGGCUGUGAACACAGCUGAAAUCUGCAGCUUCAUGUUACCUCACUGGAGCCCGGUCCUGAGGCCCGGAGUCAGAGUUCGUUAUAAAACAAAAACCUUCAAAGUGGAUCUGGUGGACAGGGAUGGUCGCGUAGUGUUCGUCUAACUAAUUCUUUUUCUUUCUGAGGACAUUUAUACAAUUUAACACGAAGUUGCUCCUAUUGAUCGAGCUGCAUUUUAUCAUAAUUUUUUGGUGCAGAUGUGUUUUCACAUGUACAUACAGUUUAAUUCUUAAAUAAAUCGACAUGGUCAGUUUGAUUAAAGCUAAAAAUAACACCUGGUACUAAAAAACUGCAGUUAUUUUCCCUCCUUUUUUUUACUGUUUUCAUCACUGAUGACCUUUUGUUAGGUUCGGUUCAACACCUGCUGUAUUUAAGAGCCAAACUUAUCACUUCCAUCCUUUACUGAAGCAACAUGUUUCAGUGCUGAAUUAUUGUUUUGUCGUCUACUUUAACUGAAAGCUUGAUUAAACUGACUACAAAUAGACUUUUCACAUGAAACAUCUUCAGGUUUGAAAAAAAAAAGAACACUGAAAAUGCAUCACAUUUUUGUUUUAUGUUUUUAUACAGUGGGCACUGAGUCCUAUUUGUUUGAUAUACUAAUACUGUCAUAAUAAAGAUGUUUUAUUCAGUAA